UUGGGAUCAUCGAUCACCUGCGACGAAUGCGGCAAGAAGUUCAAGGUGUUCGGCUCCAAGAAGAAGUGCACGCACUGCAUGGACGUGGUGUGCAAGUCCUGCCUUGCCGCGCUCGAGCUCAAGCACACGCACCUCAACAACCCCGCGAGGCGUGGCUUGCGUCGUCGCAAGUCGCUGGAGCUGUUCGACGCCGCCGGAAGACACCCGGACGAGCAGGAGGAGCUGCAGUUCCUGUCGCCCAUUGGCUCGCCCGACCUGGAGCUCGAGUACGCCGACCCGGGCUCGCCCGACGUGCUGGAGGGUGUGGACGGCGUGGAGAACGUCAGCGACGAGGAAGAUGAUCCAUUUUGUCGUGGUUGCUUGGCUCACAGUCAUUUCGUACGCUAA